UUUUCUUUACGUCUUGGCAUUGCCCACCUCGAACCAUUCUCAACUCAAGAUACCGACUACCACCAACAACUCGCAUCCAUGGCUUCCGCCUUUGCACUGCGGCCGCUGGAACGGACCGUCGCCAAUCAAUCCUUGAGAGAGGGAUUCCGCGUGCAUUUGUCGGAUAAAGAAUUCAGAAAUCUCCGCCUUGCACAUGGCGACCUUAUUCGGGUUUCUUCACUUCGUGGCUUCUGUGGAUAUGCAGUAGCAUGGUCGUUCAAGCCAACGAAUGCGGCGAGCAAGCCCUUGGCCAAAGUGUCAGACCUGUUGCGUGACACUUUUGGCCAACUAGCACUAACUGACAGCAUCUUUAUUGAGAAAGCGCCGGAGGCCUGGAAACCGCUAGAUUCUAUUACUGUACGCUGUGCUGACCUUUCGGAUGCAUUGAAAAAAUAUGACUCUACGAGAGAGCUAAAAUAUUGGAUCGGUUAUACUUUGGUGAAGCUGGAUAUUCUGAUACCCGAAGGCGAGUUCGAAAUCCAGCAAGAAGGGCCCAGAAGUAAUCGCAGCCUGAGACUACGUGCUUCCGUCACAAGCAUGGAACCCGCACCGGAUGGUGAUUACGCUUUGUGUUAUAAACCCGAGGUAACCCGAAUCAUUCUAGAAGGUGAACCACCUUCUCUACAAGAGCCAACACUGGAUACCACUCCAUUGGAGCCAGCUUCCAAAACGCAUACGGCGUUACAGAUCAACAGUGAUGGUAUCGGAGGUCUUUCGGAGCAAAUCACGACUAUCAAUGCAAGACUCAGCAAACUUACCACCCCUGGUUCUCAACCAAAACAUCCGCGCAGGAACCCUAGAUGGACCUUCCUCAUUCAUGGGCCUGAGGGAUGUGGAAAGAGUCUUUUGCUUGAUCGCCUGGCCGAAUGCUCUUGGCACAAAGUCUGCACAAUCAAUGCGAAUUGGCUGGCUGCCAAUCGUAAAGAGUUAUCUGAAGUCUUGUCCACCGAAGUUUUCACCGAAGCUCCCGAAAAGGAACCUACAUUGGUAGUCAUAGACAGGCUAGACACAUUGACGCAAAAGAGCGAGGAUCUUGUCGAAAGUCUAACACAACAAAUUCGCAAACUCAAGGGAACGCAAAUAGUGGUGGCUGCGACAGCUCGCAGCAUCUUCGACGUUGAUGCCGGUCUCCGCUCGCUCUUCAUGGACCAGAUGGAGUUGCCAGCACCCAACGUCUCUCAGAGAGAAGACAUGCUGCGGCAGAUCUGCGCUGCCGAACAAAUCACACCAGAUUUCGACCUUGCCUACUUUGCGGAGCGUACACAUGGGUUUGUAGGCCGUGACAUGGAACAACUAUGUGACUUGGCUUACCAUCGCUGCUAUUAUCAAGGCGAGACAGGCGAGGACGGCGAAGAAUCUUCACAAACCGUUGUAAGGACGGAGGAUGUCGAAGCUGUUAUAGAUAAAGUGCUACCCACGGUGCUCAAGGGCAGCGUUCUGGAAGUGCCCAAGGUCAAAUGGGCCGACAUUGCAGGGGUUGACCAUGUCAGGAAUCUAUUGGAGGAUAUGAUUGUCCGCCCAUACAAGUACCCUGAACUCGAUGAUAAAUUCGGCGGCCCAUCGUCGCGCAAGGGAGUGCUGUUAUAUGGGCCCCCUGGAUGCGCGAAGACGACGAUCGCCAAAGCGAUUGCAACGGAGUCGAACCUCAACUUCCUCGCGGUGAAAGGCUCGGAGCUUAUCAAGAUGUACGUUGGAGAGUCUGAGCGCGCGAUCCGCGAUAUCUUCCGACGAGCACGUGCCGCGAAACCGUGCAUCAUCUUCUUCGACGAGAUGGACACGAUUGGAAAAUCGCGAGAUUCAACGCAGGACAGCGGGCUCAACGUUGUGGCAACCCUGCUCAACGAAAUGGACGGCAUCGAGGCGUUGAAGGAUGUGUUCAUCAUCGGAGCUACUAAUCGGCCUGAUGUCCUGGAUUCGGCACUAAUCCGCCCCGGACGUUUUGACUCUCAUAUUCACAUUGCGCUACCAAACCAAGAGGCCCGUCGCCAAAUCUUCGAGAUCCACACCAGGAACUGGCCACUUGCAUCGGACGUCGAUCUGGCAAUCGUCGCGGCGCGGACAGAAGGCAGCAGCGGGGCCGACAUUGAAGGUCUUUGUAGGGAGGUGAUUGAUCUGGCCAAAAAGGGUUAUGUGGAAAAUAAGGAAGAAACAGUCAAGAUGAGCUAUUUCGAGCAGGCGUUGGCUGAGCACGUGCCACACACGGGGAAGGAGGAAGCCGCACGAUACGAAGGGUGGCGGCCGGGGAAGUCGCUCUCAGGAUUCUAG